AUGUCUUCUACUGCCUCGCAACUCCCCGGUUUUGCCAGGCCUGGGCGGCACUCCCCUCAACAAAGCGCAUCAACAACAUUCAGAGAAGUGCACUUGCAGAGUCAGCACGGAUUGCGAUCUGUUUCCUCCCAACCUCAUGCAGGCCAGCGCAACACGAGCGUGACUUCAAAUCCCGUGCAACUGUCGCAGAGAGACGUACGUCAGGGCAGCGAGACUACCUACAGCCCUGCCGAGCAGUUCAUGCGCUUGCAGGCGACAACCAGUCCAGAUCCCUCGCAUAUGCUGCCACAAAGCCAUUAUAUUGACGAAAGUACUUCACACCACGACUCUUCUUUCGAUGACCUCUUCUCUACCGAAGGAUCUUCUGAGAAUCACCUAAGCGAAGAGACGACCCCGCAAGAAUUUAUAUGGGAGCAGCAGUUCCUUGCCUAUGACUCUACACACCUACAAAUUUUCGACCCGUAUUCCGCCGCGAGCUACGACCAUACCUCAGGUGCGUGCGGGCCCACAGAAUUCGAAGGCGCCUUUGAAAGCUCAGAUGAACCACUCGAAAAAAUAUCUUCCGGCGAGGAGCUACGUGGUCAGCUGAUGGACACCGCUGCACCUGCGUCGCAAUAUUUAUCUGCGCUCGGCAAGCGUGGGAGUGAAACCCGCCUUCAAAGUAUGGACCAGUCCUCGGCAGUAUCGAACGCCCAUCAAAGGGCAAAUUCCCAAACGCUACGAGUGAAUACCAAUCGCCACCGUACACCAUCCCCGAAUCAUAAAGUAGGCACUUGGCAGCAAACAACGACAGGUCAACGUGCACCGAGUCCUGUGGUGAUGGUUUCAAGCUACGAAGCCGCUGACCAUGGUUAUAUGAGCCACGUUCAGAGCUCUAGUAAGCGUGACCGUGGAGAUGUCAGCUCUGACGACGACGAUGAGGAAUCAUCUGUCAGUGGUGAUGCAAAUUCCGGAGAAAGACAGGUGGAAAGCGUAUCUCAUCUGAUGCCUCCUGAUGUCAAUGAAGUCGAUCGCCCGCGACACGGCUCAUCUCAGAGGGAAGGACUUGAUCCUUAUGUCAGAACUGAUGAGAUCACGUUAUCAGUGAAAGACAUCGAGGAACAGCGACACUUGGAAGAAAAGAAUGCCGAGGUGCAGACGUGGCUUGUGACGAGCGACGCCGGUAACGAAGUCGGCGACGACUAUCGUACGGCUCAGCGUUCCCCAAAAGGCAGCAGGCCCCGGGCUCAUACUGCAGGAGCACAGUUCGAUACUUUGGGCAGAGUUUACCCUGACACGCACAUCCCUGGACCUGGUGUUGUCAUCCAGGUUGACAGUGAAGAGGAAUAUUCUGAUGAUGAAUCUAUCUCCCCGUCCCAAAUACAAGACCAUACGGAACAAAUGAUCACCCAUUACCAUGAAACGGGCACACCGAGCGUGUCUCCUCAUGCUCUGCAAGCAUUGGAGUCAUCUGAAAACACGGCAUUUCCUGCAUUGGAGGAUGAGGUGACGCCGCCUGAAGAACAGGAACCUCUUCCUCACCAGUUCUAUCGCCGUACACCGUGGCAGGACCCUGCUCGUGGUCCCCCCAGUGACACGAGGGAGCAGCCGAGCACAUCCAAUGCAGCCGCCCACAAAUUCAACCAAGAAGCCAUCAAGUGGGAAACAGCAUCUAGGGCUGCGACCUGGGGUACACGUCGUCGGCUCAGCGAAAGUGAGGUGAGUUCGAUUGUAGAAGGAAGUCAGAUUCGACAUCUAUCCCUGUCUAAACGAGGCCGUGAGCGUGGCAGUAGCUUCUUGAACAAGGCUCGAGGUCUCUUGCCGCGUCGCAGCAGCAGUAACAUUAAGGCUGAGCAAGCCCCAGAGAAGGGAUCUGCAACAAGGACUCAUUCCCACCGGAGCUCUGUUGGCCAUGCUAAACCAGCUCAAAGAAUGCCGAGCCUUAGCAAGCCAAAGUCACCACCACUUGACACAGGUAAUGCCUUCAAGGUAAUGACUGAUCAGCUUGCACUUAUCGGGCGCGGAAACACAGUGAAGCAAGAACAGGAGGCGGCAACCAAGACUUCUCGGUUGCGAAAGAGCCGUAGUAAAAGCGACACCCAUAGACAAACAAAAAGCCCCGGGUUGACAGAGCUUAUGACGAGACAUGGCGGCCCACCUGUACCCACGCUUGCAUCUCCCAUGCACGAACGAGAACCCAUCUUGGCUGCACAGGUAAUUGACAAUGAGGAUGCGCAAGCAGAUGACGACGACGACGAUCAGACGGAUGAGGUCGCGAUCCGGAUGGAUCUAACAAUCAGGGCCGAGGAUAUACUACCCACCAUCGAAGGAUUCAAAGAUCAUACUCGCAAAUUGAACCCGAGGCUUGAGGCAUACUUGAUCGACCGCAUUGGACAAGAACAGAUUCGACGAUACAAAAAGCUUGUCGAAGCUAAGAUCAAGCACACUCGCUCGGUCCAGCUGAGCAAAAAUUGCCCCUCUGGUAAAUUCUGCUUCGAACUCGGCGGCGAUGCUUCGCUAUUGGCUCCGCGCGCCAGUAGUAAGGACCCCGACGCGAUACUGACACAAUUUCAGAUCAGCAGUCCCGCUGACGAUGAGGUUGACGAGUCCGGGCUUGCUGAUGGGGUUGUCACGCCUGCUUUAUUCCCGCCUGGCAUUCCUUUACCACCCGUGAAGCGACUCCCUGCAGAAUUUGAAUGCCCUCUCUGCUUCAAGGUCAAGAAGUUCCAGAAACCAUCGGACUGGACCAAACACGUGCAUGAAGACGUGCAGCCAUUUUCCUGUACGUUUCCAAAUUGUCCAGAGUCAAAGUCUUUCAAACGCAAAGCCGACUGGGUACGGCACGAGAAUGAACGACACCGCCAUUUGGAAUGGUGGAGGUGUAGUAUUCCAGAAUGCUCUCACAUAUGUUAUCGGAAAGACAAUUUCGUACAGCACCUCGUCAGGGAGCACAAGAUGACCGAGCCGAAGCUCAGAGGUCGAGGUUCUGGCAGUAGCAAAGCGAAACCUGCCAAUUCUUCGGCAUGGCAGCCAGGACAAGAAGACAAUGAAGUUUGGCGGCUGGUUGAAGAAUGUCGUCAUGAGACACAAAGCAAGCCAAAGGAUGAGCCUUGUCGAUUUUGCGGGAAUAUCUGCUCGAGUUUCAAGAAACUCUCGGUGCACAUGGGAAAGCACAUGGAACAGAUCGCAAUGCCGGUGUUGGACCUGGUGAACAUGCGCCAAGUGUCCCCCGAUACGGUCAUCAGCCCUAUCGAGCAAUCACCAGCAAUCCCAUCCACGUUCGCCUCGUUCCCGCCCACUGCGAACACCGUUGAUAUGACCAACCUGUCUCCCUACCCUAAUAGCGCAGCGUCCGCGUAUCAGACCUCCUCCGCUGGACACUCGCCGACUUCGAUGCACAGUCGUAUGCACAACGGUAGAGGCUUCCACUUCGAGCAACAGGGUUAUUACAGUCCCCACACCGUGCCUUCGGUAGGACACGCCCAGCCAUUGAACGAUGUAUACGGUGGUGCUGGGGCUUAUUCACAAAGAGGCCACACCUUUAUGGAUUCUGGGGAUUACAUGUCUUCUAGCCUUGGAACAGGACUCCAAGAACACGGCCUGUCCUCACAGGACCAGCUUGCACUGCCUCGAUCUCAGCCGGCAACAAUAGACUACAACAACCCAACAUUUGGAUCUGCGGGAAUUGACUUCAGCCAGGCAUCGCUCCCCACGGUGUAUGCCAGCGCACACUCGAUGUCAGGAUAUGUGCCCCAGUAUCCUCCUUCAGUGCUACAUGGUUCUUCGAGUCAAUCGCCCGUGGCCGUGACCGACAGAACGGGGCUCGGACUUGCAAACAGGAAUCAGGCUUUCGGCUACAAUAUUCCGAGUAAUAGUCAUGUUGCAGGGAACAUGCCAUAUCCACAACCAUGA